CUCUAGCCUAGAUCUAGGACGAUUCUUUGUGACCGACCAGGCGUGUUGCUUGAUCAGGGGACGCCACUCUUCUCACUUCUCAUAAAACGCUGUGCCCUCUGGCCCUCUGGCUCUGGUUUGGUAGGCUAGCCAACACACAACAUACAACAGCUUCUAACUUUAGCCUACAGCGUAAUUUACAGUGUGCAAAUUAUAAGGUUACAUCACGGCCACAGUGUGUUCUCAAUCUCUCUCUUAUAAUUUAGCGGUUGUGCUGUUCAAAUCAAGUCAGCGGACUCGACAAUUUGAUCUUCUUGAACAAUGGCACUAUUCAGAACUUGCAGCCGCAUUUUGCGGCCAGUCAUCAACGGGCAGUGUGUUUCAACUAUUCCUAAGAGAUGCGGCUCAUCAUACUUUCCCAUCGAUGAUUCCCUCUACAAUCUCACUGAUGAUCAGAAACAGUUGAGAGAGACCAUCUUCCAAUUUGCUCAGAAAGAACUGGCCCCGAAAGCUGAACAGAUUGACAAGGAAAAUGAUUUUAAGGACAUGAAGCAAUUUUGGCUGGACUGUGGCAAUAUGGGUCUGCUGGGAAUCACAGCUCCAAGCAAGUAUGGGGGAUCAGAGAUGAGCUAUUUAGAUCAUUGCCUUGUGAUGGAGGAACUUUCCAGAGCAUCUGCCUCUGUGGCUCUCAGUUAUGGUGCUCAUUCAAACUUGUGUGUCAACCAGAUUGUGCGCAAUGGAAAUGAGGAACAGAAAAUGAAGUACCUGCCGAAGCUUAUAUCAGGAGAGCAUGUUGGCGCCCUUGCAAUGAGUGAGGCCGGUGCUGGGUCAGAUGUUGUGUCCAUGAAACUCACAGCAGUGAAAAAAGGUGAUGAGUAUGUAUUGAACGGCUCAAAGUUUUGGAUCACAAAUGGCCCAGAUGCUGACACCUUGGUUGUGUACGCCAAAACAGACCCGCAGAACCCCAAGCCUCAGCAUGGAAUCACAGCUUUCAUCAUACAAAAGGGAAUGAAAGGGUUUUCUGCAAGUCCUAAGCUGGAUAAGCUUGGAAUGCGAGGUUCGAACACGAGUGAGCUGGUUUUUGAAGACUGUGUUGUGCCUGCUUCCCACGUCAUGGGGGAUAUAGGUAGAGGAGUCUAUGUCCUAAUGAGUGGAUUGGAUAUAGAGCGAUGUGUUCUGGCUGCAGGCCCUCUUGGAAUUAUGCAAGCUUGCUGUGAUGUUACGUACGAGUAUGCACACUUGAGAGAGUGCUUUGGAGAGAAGAUUGGACAUUUUCAGAUGAUCCAGAGUAAGAUGGCUGACAUGUAUGUAGCACUGAACGCCACAAGAUCCUAUGUGUACAAUGUGGCCAGAGCUUUGGACAGGGGAGAGAGGCAUCCGAAUGACUGUGCGGGAGUGAUUCUGUAUGCUGCAGAAGCUGCUACAAAAAUGGCUUUGGAUUCAAUUCAAAUUUUAGGAGGUAAUGGUUAUAUCAACGACUAUCCAACUGGGCGUCUUCUGAGAGAUGCGAAACUGUAUGAGAUUGGGGCUGGAACCAGUGAGGUCCGUCGUCUUAUCAUUGCCAGGGCAAUCAACGCUCACUAUCGAUAAAAUUUGGAUGGCUGCAUCCGUCGUAGGGUGAUUUUUAUUGUUUUAAAGAAGGACAGGAACAAAUGUGUUUCAGAGUACUUCUUUGUGGUCACUCCAUGAGAUUACACACUGUCAUUUAGCUUUGAAAAUACAGGUUUGCAUAUACUGGAUGAUUAUGACAGGUAACUUUAAUGUGUAUGCUUUUGGGGUGGAGGAGAGACCCAGAGUGUGUGUUUUACUAUAUUCUGAGUGUUUCGGUUUCGAGGGAUGCAUAAAGCUUUUAUUCAUAAUGAUUGUAUAGGCAUUGAUGAUGAUUGUAUAGUAUCUUUGUACAGUAUAUUUUCAUUGUAUCAGAAUUAAUUCACUUUGUCGAAAAAACCUUCUUUGGUCCUUUAAUUUGGAAACCAUUAGUUUCUUGGUGAUAAAUGUAAAUUUUUAAUGCUCCACAUCAGCAGUGAACUGUUUAUUUUCCCCCCAAGUCCUUAGAAUAAAUGAGUACGGAUUUUUAUAAAGAUCAUGUUUUAUGAGCUGUUGUAGGUGACUUUUCUUAUGGUUGUUUGAUGUGAAGACAGGUAGUCUUUGACUGCUGAAUUUUUGUUUGUUUUCCGUGUGCUUUUUAGAGGAAGUGCUCAAUUGCAAAGAAGUGUUUUUUCUAACUGACUAUUUACAUUGAUGAUCAAUCAAGUGUAUGUUCCAAUACCAGAUAGAUUCCUUCUCAAUGUCUCUUUUCACAUACACCUGAUAGGCUUUUAUUUUUGGCCCAGGCAUGUUUUUAUUUUUCUUUGUAAGGGGGAUACUGUAAAUAUCCUCUCAGAAUGGAAACACUGUAUAUAUACAAUAUUACAAGAAAACAGAUUCAAAUUGAAUAACAGAACAGAAGGGAAAUCAAAGUUUGCCUACACUUUUUAUAGGAUUUAAAUUUAAAAAUGUGAACUUGACAUGAUGUUCAGUGAAAUGGAAGGAAGAUGAACGCCCCCUACGUCGUGUACAUAAAGAGCUCUAAUGAUAAAAUUACCGAGUGAUAGUGUUGUGAAUUGUGAUACGGGUAUCGGUAGUUAUUGCAUGGUGCUCUUACCAUAUUUACCUCUUGGCAUUUCUUUUUCUCAUAUGUUUGUCAGUUUUUCCCUACAGGCUAGGAAGUGAGAUCGUCAAUGAUAUUAUUAUUAAUGGUCUUCAUGAUAUUUGAACAAGUGUGCGUUGUUUAUGACUGAAAAUGCUACCCUGAAAUACUACUGAUACAAUUUUGCCGUAGGUUUGCUUGCGAUAUUUGCUGAUGACUUGGUAUAUAUCUGACUUAAUAAUCCUUUUCACAGUGAGGGUAUCUCAGACAAGUGUGAGGUGUGAACUGAAUGUAAAGUCAACUGGUAGCUGCUAGCUUCAUUUAUUUGUUGUUGUUUUUUAGCCCCAAAAACUGCUAACCAUUGUGAGUAAUGUGAGUUCCUGAUGGAUGGCAUUCUCAAAUUCCCAGUUUGCACUCCAAGAAGGAACGUCUAAAAUUAUCAAUAUAAUAUUAAUAAAUAAGACCAAAAAAUGUGUUGAUGCCGGAAGUGAAGAUGCAAGCAAGCAAGAGUGAUUUUAAAAAUGUAUCCUAAUAUAUGCACCACAAAAACCCACUCUUUUAUUGAGCGCUAUAUUUCAUAUGAUGAUGAGAUAGAUAUUUAUCUAAAAUUAAAGUUGAAUUAUUUUUUUAAAAUCUACCAGUACAGUCAAACUGGAAUUACGUCUGUGUAUGGGCUAAGAGAAAUAAAAAUGAAAUGUUUGUUUCUGUCUCUCCGUGAUUUAAAAAUGAAACAGCUACAGUGGGGCACAGUGAACUUGGAACUUUAAGUUAUGAACUGAUUGUUCAAUGUAUAUUUGUAUAUUGCCAUUCCCUGACUGAACUGGUAUUUUUUCUUUGUAUUGGCAACAUUAUUGUUUUUUUUAAAAACCUGUAUGGAUUUGUUGAACAUCUUGUCUGGAAAAACCUGAUUAAAGUCUUUCCUCUUGAUUGUCUCAAUUUCAAAUCACCCUGUGCACACCAUGGAAAGCAACACACCCAUCUUCUUAAAGGGUAUCAGGUGACAGGUUACUUCAUCGUGGAGAUAACCUUUUGAAAAGCCAGUAUUGGAUGUCAACAUGAUGGAAAGCAAGUGUGCUUUGCAAAAUAUGAGAACAAUCGAGCAGGCAUUGUUCCUGCAAGUGCAGGCAUGUGUCAUGUCUCUUCCUUUCGUUUGUCCCUUCCUGGUGUUAGUUAAAGGCAGAAGAAAUCACAAAGGAACUUAGCCUUAAUUUCACAUGUAACAAAUGGUAGAUUUCCUUCAACUACUCUCGAAUUUUGUAUUUCAUCGUUUGCAGGAAAUAAGGAUGUGUGGAAUACUACAUUAGUCAAUCCCAACAUGUUCGAUUUUUUCGUGCUCGAGUGUUGUUGAUGCAGAAAUGGUUUCGGUUUUUGUUCAUGUUCAUGCGAACUUGCUGCCUCAUGGCCAUCUUGACAAAUAAUUAAAGAGAUAACUACAUGUUAGUUACAGCUGGCUCAAUGACUCGAUGCCCAUCCUUGUGGAAUCUGCUGGCCAUAUGUGGUUGAUACAGAUUUAGUACAUUUACAAAGUUUUUCAGCACUAAAGGAAUUUGGCUCAGUUUUCUCUCCUAGAAGAAUACUCCAGAACAAAGGAAAGACAACUUUUUCAAAUCUCUGCUAAUGACUAAUGUAAAAAAGAUUUGUUGGGGUUUUGUUUUGUUUAUGGCAUCCAUUAAAGUAAGUCUUGGCAAAAGUUUGCACGAAGUACUUAUUAAAAAUAUUUUGUUGUCUCUAGCAAAACUAUUGUCACAUUAUUGUGUUAAAAAUCAGUGGCCAUAUUGCAGUGUUUUCCAGUUGUUUUCCUAUGAUUUUGGAAUGUCAUGGAAUAAUAAAGUUUAGACACCAGAAGGAA